CUGUGCUGUGAAACACAAAGGAAGGAGUCUGUGGACCAAAGAACAAACAGAAGAAGAAAAAGAAACUAAAAAAUAAUAACAAUAACAAAUAAAUACACUCCAAAAUAAACAGGAUAUUUUAAAAAUGUUAAAAUUUUGUAGUUUGUUAGUUAAUCAUUCGUUAAGAUCGUUCCAUACUUUAACUUCUGAAACUAUAUUUGCAUUGUCUUCAGGUCAUGGUAAAUGUGGUGUAGCAGUUAUUCGAGUGUCUGGAUCAAAUUCUGGAAUUGCUUUAAAAUCAAUGACAGGUUUAGAAACCCUCCCAAAGCCAAGAAUGGCUAUUUUGAAAACUAUAAAAAAUCCCGCUAAUGGUGAAAUAAUUGAUAAGGGUCUGAUAUUGUGGUUUCCAAGUCCCAGAAGUUUUACUGGGGAGGACAGUUUUGAACUACAAGUACAUGGUGGAAUAGCGAUAAUUAAUGGCAUUUUAAAAACUUUGGCAGCCAUACCCCAUUGUAGGCUAGCUGAACCUGGAGAAUUUACACGAAGGGCAUUUUUUAACUCAAAAUUAGAUCUUACAGAAGUUGAAGGCCUUGCUGAUUUGUUACAAGCAGAGACAGAAGUACAAAGGAAACAGGCAUUUUUACAAAGCCAAGGAGCUUUAAGCAAAGUUUAUAAUAGAUGGAAGACUGCUCUCAUAAACAGUGUGGCUCAUAUAGAAGCCCACAUUGAUUUUGAAGAAACUGAAACUUUAGAAAUAGGAAUAUUAGAAUCCGUACAAAAAGAAAUUAAAAAAUUAGCUACAGAAAUAGAAAAACAUUUAGAUGAUGGACGAAAAGGAGAAAUUUUGAGAAAUGGUGUGAAGACAGUUAUUUUAGGAGAACCUAAUGUUGGAAAAAGUAGUCUACUUAAUUUAUUAUGUCAACGUCCUGCAGCAAUAGUAACUCCUAUAGAAGGAACUACACGAGACAUUCUAGAAGUUACCCUAAAUAUUGGCGGAUACCCUCUAGUUUUAGCUGAUACAGCAGGUCUAAGGGCCAAAGCUACGGAUAUUGUAGAAAAAGAGGGUAUUAAUAGAGCACUACAAUUAUAUGAAAAAUCAGAUCUUAUUAUUCUUGUAUUUAAUCUGGAAAAGUACAUAAAAUGGAAGAAUAAGUUUAGUAAUAAAACUCAGACAGACUAUAUUGUAGAAUAUAUAGAAAACUUAAAAUUGUCGAAUCUUGUAAACGUUAAAGUCGAUGGCCAUAAAGUAGAUGUAGUUUUUAACAAACCUUGUAUAAUGGUGUUCAAUAAAUCUGAUCUUUCUGAUGAUAUAAAUGUAGUAAAUAGCGAAAAUUGUGUCAGUGUUUCUUGUGUUACAGAAGAUGGAAUUAGCAAUCUUAUAGAAAACAUUUCAAAUCACUUAAAAGAACUGUGCGGGGAACCAUCGGUUGAACACCCAAGUAUGAACCAAAUGCGACACCGUCAGCAUCUUACAGAUUGUUUAAAACAUUUGCAAUUAUUUCUUAGACAGUACGAAAAUAACGAAAACAAAGACUUAGUAUUAAUGGCGGAAUAUUUGCGAAAAUCAAUGAAACAUUUAGGAAAAUUGGUUGGAAGCGUCACUACUGAGGAUUUAUUGGAAGUCAUAUUUCGAGAUUUUUGUAUUGGGAAAUAACAUAAAAUAAAAACAUUUUAAAAUAGUACAUUGAGGGUUGAAACCUUUCAUAAACCAGAAUAUUAUUUGAUUGUACUUAGAGAAGGACGUAAGUAAAAACACUGUGUGGGAGGUGUGAUUGGAUAGGAAGAUGAAUAUUAAUUUUUGUAAUUUUGAUAUUUGAAAAUAAAAUUGCAGUCUCAAUAUGGUGGUUUAAAUUUUAUUACAACUAAGGGUGUG